CUCUGUAGUUCCAGGUCCUCCAGUGAGGCUGUUGUUUCCAGAGGUUCGUCUGACGUCUGUCAGGGUGGUGUGGCAGCCGCCUACUGACCCCAACGGGAUUAUCAUGGGUUAUCAGAUAGCGUACCGUCUGGAUGCCGGUGACCCCAUGCGGUUCACUACGGUGGAGGUGGGGUCGACCCGCGCGUCAUUUUACAGUCAGCGGUUUGACCGGAGACCAGGCCUAUGUGUUCAAGUUGACCGCUAGGACCUCUCAGGGAUGGGGCAGAGCUGAGGAAGCUGUAGUUAUCACCACCGAACGCAGAGAGCGUCCCUCUCCCCCCAGGAAGUUGUCCGUCCCCCAGGGGGAGGUCCAAUCUCGUAGGCUCCGCCUCCACUGGGUUGCCGGGAUGACAGGCUCCUCCCCCCUACGGUACUACUGCCUGCACCGAGAGCUUCCGACCGGAGACUGGACCAGUCACUCUGCUGAUAUACCACACAAUUACACAGCCUGGACCGUAGAGAGACUGAAACCCUUCACGUCGUACAAGCUGAGGAUGCUGGCAACCAACGAUGUAGGAGACAGCAACUACAGCAAAGAGACGGAGACUGUUAUCACACUACAGGAUGUUCCUGAGGAGGCUCCAGUGAUAGUAUCAGUUAAACCCUCUACUACUACCUCUGUUCUGGUGCAGUGGCAGCGUCCCAGUGAGGAGAGCGUUAACGGGGUGCUGGUUGGCUACCGGCUGUACUACCGGGAACUCCCGGUAAACACCACCCCUAGUACGGUACCCCUGGAAGACAUGGCCAACAACACCACCACACGUGGUGACAUCACUGCUCUGACCAGCUUUAAGACAGUGAGCAGUGCUUCCUUAACAGAAUUUGAGUUAACGCAGCUGAAGAAGUUUAAGUGUUAUGAGAUCGUCAUGACAACCUAUAACAUCGUAGGAGAGAGCCCACCCUCUGAGCCGGCCACUGUAUCAGUUGGAGAAGCAGCUCCCACCUUGCCACCCCAGUCUAUCAGAGUGGUGCCUGUCUCUCCUACUGUACUGGAGGUGACCUGGGACCUCCCACCCCUACACACACAGAAUGGAAUCAUCCAGGGUUACAAGAUCCACUACUGGCAGGGUGACAGACAGAACGAGACAGAGAAGGUGACGGUGGUGUUUGUUCCUGACACGCGUGUUCGUCUGGUCAACCUCACGUGUUACACGUCCUACCUCGUCACGCUGUCUGCCUUCAACGUGGCUGGAGACGGCCCGCCUAGCGAACCCCGGGGCGCCAAGACCCUACAGGCUGCCCCCAGCCAGCCUAGUUUCCUGUCGUUUUCGGAGGUGACAGGAUGGAGUGUCAACGUCUCCUGGGGGGUGCCCAGCGCUUCUAACGGGGUAGUGGAGGGGUACAGGGUGGUCUACCAACCCACACAGCCUGUACAGGGUGUGAGUCGGGUGGUGACGGUGGAGGUGAAGGGUAGCUGGCAACGUUGGUUGAAGGUCAGAGACCUGACUAAAGGAGUAACUUACAGGUUCAGUGUCCAGGCCAGAACAGUCAGCUACGGACCUGCUGCCCACUGUAACGUCACCUCACAACCUCUACAGGGCACCCCUGGUUCGCCCAUGGAGAUGUCAGUCACCAAGUCCUCCUCGGCGCUGACCAUUCAUUGGUCGGAGGGAGACGCGGGGGCGGGACCUGUCAUAGGUUACAUCAUCGAGGCUCGUCCCUCAGAUGAAGGGAUGUGGGACUCGUUUGUCAGGCUCCUCCCCCCCAGCAGUAGGUCAGUAACCGUGGAGAUGGACCGUCUGAGGUCAGGGGUCGGAUAUGAGUUCCGUGUCAUCGCUGUCAAUCGCUACGGUUAUGGGGAACCCAGCACGCCGUCCACAGCGCUCGCUGCUCUGUGGGACCGUCCCUUCUAUGAGGAGUGGUGGUUCCUGUUGGUCCUGUCUCUGAUUGGUCUGAUCAUGAUCCUCAUGUUGGUGUUCAGCCUCCUGCUGCACGGACACAACCACAAGUACAGGAGCUGCAGCACAGGAAAGCAUGUGUCUACGGUGGAGGAGUCCAUAACCCUGGACAACGGAGGAUUCACAGCUCUGGAACUCAACAGCAGAACUCUGAACAACAAGAGCACCUUCCACAAGAAGAAUGGAACUAGGUCCCCUCCCAGGCCUAGUCCAGGCCUCCUCCACUACUCUGAUGAAGACCUGUGUGAUAACUACAACAAUGGAGCCAUCCUCACAGAGAGCACCACACUCACAGAGAAACCUGCUGACAUCUCAGAGUCUGAGGUAACAGACAGUGACUGUGAGGAUGAUCAUCAUCCUAAACAUUCCUUUGUUAAUCACUACAUGUCAGAUCCCACCUACUAUAACAGCUGGAAGAGACAACCUAAAGGCCUGAAGGGGUUAAGUCCGGCGUCCGGCUACGAGGAGUGUUCCAGCACUGACGGGGCAGAGCCCUACUACCAGACCGUGGUCACACAGCACAGCACAGGGGGAGCGUACACACCCACGGGGCUGCCCGCGCACACACACACACUCCCACACACACUCCCACACACACACACGCACGCCAUCCCCAAUACUAAUCCACCAGGCUCACGCACGCCCGUCACGGGGUUCUCGUCUUUUGUGUGACACGUGCACACAUGCUCACACACGCGCACACACACACACACGCGCGCUCACACACACAGAGGGCGGAGCAGAGGAGGUUUGGAGCCCACUACUGUGGUAGGACAGAGGGAUGGAGGGAAGAGGAGGAUGGGAGGAAGGAGGGAGAGGAGAGAAGGAGGGAGAGGAGGAUGGGAGGAAGGAGGGAGAGGAGAGAAG